AUGAACAACACGACUGAGCCUCCAGCUGUCAUCAACGGGGACGUGGCGGUCAGCUAUGUCCUAGUGCCAUUUUUCCUCAUCACAGUCCUCGGGAUCGCUGCUGCUGUGAUCAUGUACAUCCGAAGGAAAAGAAAGCUCGACAGAUUACGUCACCAGCUGCUGCCGGUGUACACCUACGACCCGUCAGAAGAGCUGAACGAGGCUGAACAGGAGAUGCUCUGGAGAGAGGAGGACACAAAGAUUGUAAAAGGCUGGGCCAAGAACUACCACCAACAGCGCCCUCUGCUGACCAAAGACGUUACAGCAUGA